GAUGAUGAUGGUGAUGAUGGCGACAGCGAUGAUGAUGGCGAGGAUGAUGAUGGUGAUGAUUAUGGCGAGAGUGAUGAUGGUGAGGAUGGUGAUGAUGAUGGUGAGGAUGAUGAUGAUGUGUAUGAGGAUGAUGGCGGUGAUGAUGGUGAGGAUGAUGACGGUGAUGAUGAUGGUGAGGAUGAUGAUGGUGAGGAUGAUGAUGGUGAGGAUGAUGGUGAGGAUGAUGAUGAUGUGUAUGAGGAUGAUGGCGGUGAUGAUGACGGUGAUGAUGAUGGUGAUGAUGAUGGUGAGGAUGAUGAUGGUGAGGAUGGUGAUGGUGAUGAUGGUGAGGAUGAUGAUGGUGAGGAUGAUGAUGGUGAGGAUGAUGAUGGUGAUGGUGAGGAUGGUGAUGGUGAGGAUGAUGAUGGUGAGGAUGAUGAUGCGAUGAUGAUGGCGAGGAUGAUGAUGGUGAUGAUUAUGGCGAGAGUGAUGAUGGAUGAUGGCGGUGAUGAUGGUGAGGAUGAUGACGGUGAUGAUGAUGGUGAGGAUGAUGAUGGUGAGGAUGAUGAUGGUGAGGAUGAUGGUGAGGAUGAUGAUGAUGUGUAUGAGGAUGAUGGCGGUGAUGAUGACGGUGAUGAUGAUGGUGAUGAUGAUGGUGAGGAUGAUGAUGGUGAGGAUGGUGAUGGUGAUGAUGGUGAGGAUGAUGAUGGUGAGGAUGAUGAUGGUGAGGAUGAUGAUGGUGAUGGUGAGGAUGGUGAUGGUGAGGAUGAUGAUGGUGAGGAUGAUGAUG